CAACAGUUCGACAUUGUUCGUUCGCCAGCCAAGACGAGUGGGAUUACGCGCACGUUUCGUACAACGACGACGACGACAACAAAGCGGGAAAUUCAAAUGUUUAUAUCGAUGUUUAUAACAACAAAAUGCUACUGAUAGCCCAACAACAAUAAUAAAAAAAUUAAUUAACAAUUUUAAUAACAAAAGAAAAAAAUUUAAAUAAUUUUGUUCAGCUCUCUGUUCGCUGGUGGUUAAUGGCUUGAUUUGGUUUUGAACGUUUUUUUUUUAUUUUUGACGUUGUGUUUGCGGCAUUUCGGCUCUUUGAGAUUAAUGAAGAAGCCACAGCCAUUACCACAGUUAAAAUAUAUAUGACAAUCUGACAAACUACCUACCGAAACCGUCUGGCUAAGUGAUCUGUUGGAUGAAAAUAAUCUGAUGCCGAUACAGCCUGCUCCUUUGUCGGUUUGUUUUUAAUUUUUUUCGUUUCGUGUGUGUAAUGAAAUCGAUCUCAAAGUGUGCAUUACCACCACCACCACUCUCCUCUCAGCGAAUCGUAUCAUACUAAUGAUGCUGAUCACUUAGACGAUCAAAAGAAAAGUGCUUGCUGUUUUUAUGUUUUCUUUAUUUCGGGAUUCAUGUGCCCGAGAGGAAAAAGCCGUCCGUCUGCCAGAAAACAUCAAAAGACGAUGUAAACAAAAGCAAAAACACAAGCCAAGCAAGAACAUCAAACGAAAUCUUUUGAUGCUGCCAAUGAUGAACGAACCGAACGUUUGGCCUCUGGAAAUAGGAAUAUCAAAGCAACAAAUUUUAACCUAGCGCGCCGUAGUCUAAUCGAGCCACGAGAAAAACAAAAAGAAAAGUGGGAAAACUUGUCCAAAACCCCAUAAAACGUGUGGAAUAAGUGCCGGGUGUGCGGUGUGGCCAAAAAAAAAAAAAAAAAAACAAAUUGAAUGCCGAGUAGUUCAAAGUGAAUUCGUCUGGGUUUUGUUUAUUUAUGAAAUUAAAGAAGAUCUGAGAAAAUACCGAUCUCUGGGUGUGAGUGCGUCUGUGUGAGCAAAAAUAAAAAGGCAAUAGAGAAUAUUAAACAAUCAUGCCCCUUGUGUUUACUUAAGAAAUUAUUAGCCAAAAGCAACAACAAUAACAAAGAAAUAAUAAUAAUUAUUUUCACAAUAACAACAAAAUUAGGCCUUUAGAUGAUGGCCAUUAAGGAGUGCAGAAUCAAGUGUUAAAAAAAUUAAAAAAAAAAUAAUUACUUAAAAGAAAAAAAAUUCUAAAAAAUUCUAAGAAAACAAAACAAAAAAUGCCAAUUAAAAUCUCCACAAUGCGGCUAAUGGUUGCCCUAUUUGCUGGCCUUUUAAUACUUCUGCCCUGCUCAAGUCAGGCUUCUAAACUUUCGUUGCCCUUAACCGGUGGCAGCCAUCAUCACCAACAGCUGACUUCGGCGACCAUCCACCUAACCCCCAAUGGAUUACAAUGUGAACGUAUUGCGGUCUCUGCUUGUCAUGGUGUGGGUUACAAUAUGACCGCCUUCCCGAAUUUAGCCGGCCACACAAAUCAAAUGGAAGCUGAACUUAGGAUCACCAAACUAUUACCGCUCAUCGAAUCGCAUUGUUCGAACACAAUACGUUUCCUGUUGUGCUCAUCGCUCUUCCCCCUCUGUACACCCGAUGUACCGCGGCCGGUGACAGCUUGCAAGUCGUUGUGUGAAUUUGUAAAGAGCGAAUGUUCGUCACACACCGAGCUAAUGCAGUUAUGGCCUGAAUUUUUAAAAUGCGAACAACUACCCAGCCCCGAACAUCAAGAGCUGUGCAUGCAAAUACCCACAAUACCGACAGUGAAGACAAACGCCCCCCACAGCAAUGGUGAUAAUCGUACCGCGGCAGAAGAUAACGGGCGGGCACAAUCACUGCCAAGACAGCUGCAAAUACCACAACAAGUGCAUCAACAUUUGCCAGCACAGGCGGGGGGACCAGCCAUUGCAGCUGCGCCACCUCCACCACCCAGUCAUCAUUUCUAUUGGCCAUGGAUGUCACAGCACAUAAUCAGCAAGGCCAUUAAGCCCACUGCGAUUUGUCCCACAAACUUUACUGUGAAUCCUUUUAAUGCGGACGAAUGUGUGCCGCAGUGCAGCAGAGAUGGUUUCCAUACGACCCAGCAAAAGAAAAUUGCCGAAAGUCUGAUUUUGGGUCUCUCGGCCAUAUGUUUUGUUCUGACGCUCUUCUCUUUGGUCACCUUUUGGGCUGAACCCACACGCUUUGGUUAUCCCGAAAGACCAGUGCUGUUUUUGUGCCUGUGCUAUAAUCUCUUUUCGGUAUGCUAUUUAGAGAGAAUCGUUUUCCAUAACUCCUCCAGGGCAAUGGCAUUAAUGGAAGAUCCGCUGAGCAAGACCCAACAUCCGGCAUGUUCGUUGGCACCACCCUGUUUGGCUUCGUACAUUACCACAAGUUAUUUGAGUCUGUGUGCUGCCACCUGGUGGCUGAUAUUUGCCUUGUGUUUCUAUCUGUCCUCGCACAAGAAAUGGUCUUCGGAGGCAUUGGAAAAGAAAUCGGGCUUGUUUCAUGUCCUGGCCUGGGUACCACCAUUGGCUCCACCCAUUGCCGCGCUGCUGAUGGAAAAAGUAAAACCCAAUGAAUUGACGGGCAUGUGUAGUGCUCCUGGCUUUGUGGAAAUACCUACCAUUGUCCUGUUGCUUCUCGGAUUCUUCUUUACCCUGCGAGCCUCUAGAUCUCUACAUGCCCUGCAACAACAGAUGCUGCCCACAUUUGGUCAUCAAAGAUUUUCACAAAUUCGCAAAAGGUUUUUGAUUUUCUCGCUGCUCUUCUUUGUGCCCACCUUAGUUGGGGUGGUGUCGAGAUUUUUUGAACCCCAUAUGGACUCGGUACCAACAUGUUCGACACGAGAAGAUUGUGCUUCGCCAACACCAUUAAUUGCAUGGCCAACAUUGUUGCGGUUAUUCUUUCAGUUGACCGGUGGUACUUUGACCGGUAUGUGGGUAUGGUCCCGUAAGACAUGUGAGUCCUAUCGCAGCCGUUUGGUGCCAACACCCACAUCUUCUAUGACCAAUACCACCACCAAAUCGGCUGCCUCGCUGCCCAAAAAGCAUUUGCAUACCUCGGGAAAAUCCACGAUUGGAGCGCCUCUAUACAGCGGCAUAAAUUUCCAUAAUGUGCCCGUCUACACCACCACAACCAUAGUGCCCAGAGUGUAGCCUCAAGGGGUCGAUGUAGCUGAUGAUGCUGCUGGCAAACAUCAUACGAGGGCGGGUGUAUAUAAUCCUGGGUAUUUUGUAUUAAUUUAAGCAAUUAAUUUUAGUCGAAGUUGUAAAUAAUCCAAUGAAAGAACUCGAAUGUUGUUUUCUGUGUAUAAAAAUAAUUAAUUUAUAAAUUUAAAAAUAAAAUAAAA